UUGGUAAAUCAAAUUUCAAAUAGUUGUUUGGCAUAUUGAUAUCCCCUUCCACUAUAAAACAAUCACCUUAGAACCUCAUUAGUCACUCGUCCCUAGCAAAAUCCGUACCCAUUCCACCUCUCCAAACAACCCAUAAUUAAACAGAACCAUGGACACAAUAGAACAAGAAAACAUGCAAUUUCUCGGGUUCUUGGGCAUCUACAAAGAAUCCUACAAGCUCAUAUUUUCAUGGAGGAAGAUCUUCACCCAGAUCACCUUCACCCUAAUCCUCCCUCUCUCCUUCAUCUUCCUCAUCCACAUCCAAGUAUCCGAUCUCCUCUUCGGGAAAAUCACACACGACGCCAAGGACUUAACCGAAACCCUACCCGGCACACCCCAACACCAAAAGCUCCUUGACACAUUCUCUUCCGAUUGGGCCACUUUCUUUCUCUUCAAACUCCUUUACUUCAUUUCCCUACUCAUCUUCUCCCUCCUCUCCACCUCCGCAAUUGUUUACACCGUCGCUUCCUUCUACACCGGCAAAGAAGUAACCUUCAAGAAGGUCCUAAGCGUUGUCCCUAAGGUAUGGAAGAGGCUCAUGGUAACAUUUUUGUGCACCGUUGUUGCUUUCUUCGUUUACAAUGUUAUGGCAGUGUUGGUUCUAGGCAUAUGGGCACUCACAAUUGGUGUGAGAAAUGGUGGUGGUGCAAUUUUGUCGGUCUUAGCGAUAUUAUAUCUAGUGGGGUCGGUGUACCUUACCGUGGUGUGGCUAUUAGCGAGUGUUGUGACAGUGUUAGAAGACUCUUAUGGGUAUGAAGCCAUGAUGAAGAGCAAGGAGUUGAUAAAGGGGAAGAUGGGUCUGUCCGUGAUGAUUGUUUUGAAGCUCAACUUCUUGUUCUUUCUAACACAGUUUUUGUUCUCGAUGGUGGUGGUGAACGGAUGGAAGGUGUUCGGUUUGGGGUCGGUGGACAGAACAGUGUUUGGGAUUGUGUGUUUCUUGCUGCUGUCUCAUUUGUUCUUGCUGAUGCUUGUUAUCCAAACUGUGAUGUAUUUUGUUUGCAAGUCCUACCACCGCGAGAUUGUUGACAAGUCUGCUUUGUCAUAUCACUUGGAAGUGUAUGAGUGCUAUGAGCCUUUGAAGGCUAAAGAUGUUCAACUGGAUUACCAUGUCUAAUCUAAUAGCUAGAUAUAAAGCAUCACGCAUAUAUCUAUACGAAUCUUCAUAUAUCUUCUGCAGUUUACUGAUUUCUGGGUAUAUAUAUAUAUAUAUAUACACACAUUUAUGUUCGUAUCAGAGAAUAAAUAUGCAAAUGUAUGUAGUGAAUUAAAUCCAGCUAAAGAUGAAUGUAUGCAAUUAUGCUUUACUUUUU